AUGUGCCGGUCUCCCAUCGACAUCUCUCUGAGAUUCUCGAGUACAACCAUAAGCGACAAGUAUGCACAGACGAUCAUCGAGACCUUGACGCAUCUCUUCGAAUUUUUACUGCAGAACCCUCACGCCAAAAUGAGCAGCGUCAGCUUCUUGGGGAAGCAUGCUUCACGCUUGCUUGCAGAGUGGAACGAUCCAAGGCGACUCACCAGACCGAGGACGUGUAUCCAUACCUUGAUUCUAGCUCAGUGCCAACAGCAACCCGAGGCAGAGGCCCUGUGUGCGUGGGAUGGCUCAGUCUCCUACGCCGAGCUCGACCGCCUCUCCAGCGUUUUGGCUGACCGACUUGUCUCGCUAGGCGUGCGAUUGGAGACCAUCGUGCCUGUCCUUUUCGAGAAGUCAAUGUGGACCGUCGUGGCCAUGCUGGGCAUUUUGAGGGCCGGGGGGGCAUUUGUUCUUCUGGACGCCUCUCAGCCUGAUGCACGCCUGGUCGAGAUCUGCACCACCUGCCAGGCGAAGGUAAUACUUGCGUCACAAGCACUGCACGAGACCGCGAGGAAAUUGUGCGAGACGGUGAUCUGUCUCCCGAUUGGAUUGUGUACUGAGAAGAAUCUUCCACCGCUGAAUCGACCCCCCACGCCGCCGGAGAGUGCGGCAGACGCAGCAGCAUAUAUCGCCUUCACCUCAGGCUCCACCGGAAAGCCCAAGGCCAUUGUCAUCGAGCACCAGUCGUUCUGUGCCAAUGCCCUAGCGCAGAACGAAGCCCAGAACCUCAACCGCCAAUCGCGUGCCUUUCAAUUCGCUUCCUAUGGAUUUGACAGCAGUAUCCUAGAGAUGCUAAUGACCCUGAUCGCCGGCGGCUGCGUCUGUGUGCCAUCGGAUACCCAGCGGAUCAACGAACUCGCUCCCACCAUCAACCAGCUCCGCGCCAACUGGGUGGAGCUCACGCCAUCGGUGGCCAGAAUGCUGACGCCCGAGGCGGUGCCCAACAUCCGGUCACUGCUUCUGGUUGGCGAGCCGCUAUCGCAGGAAAACAUCGCAACCUGGUCCGGGAAGGUGCAACUCAUUAAUGCCUACGGACCGGCGGAGUGCAGUGUCGUCACCACGAUCCAGCCCUACGUGAAGCCGUCCGACCCGUCGAAUAUUGGCCGGUCACAGUCGGGCCAUUGCUGGGUCGUGGAUCCCCAUGAUAUCUCCACGCUUCAGCCGAUUGGCGCGGCGGGCGAGCUCCUCAUCAGUGGACCCCUUGUCGGACGAGGAUACCUGAACCACCCAGCCCAACAGGCAUAUGUGCGCGCCCCGCCCUGGGCGGCGGACUUCGGGUUACCGGUAGGGGAGCGCUUCUAUCGCACUGGUGAUAUGGUGUAUUACAAUAUCGAUGACGGGACGUUACGGUAUCUAGGCCGCAAAGACCGCCAGGUUAAGCUUCACGGCCAGCGCAUCGAGCUGCCGGAGAUCGAGCACCACGCGCAGCUGUAUCAAAAGGGGCUCGUGGCCGCGACGGAUGUUGUGAGCCCGCCCGGCCAGGCCUCCGACGCUAUACUGACGUUGUUUGUGGUGGUGCAGGGAGCUGGAGCGGUCUUCCCGAGCCAGGAUGGAGCCGCAGACCUACUUGCCCCCGUUGACGAGCGCACCCGGGCCUUCUGGAAAGAGAUGCGACGCUGGCUUCUCGAGCGGUUGCCCUCGUACAUGGUUCCUACCAAGUUCGUGCCGAUGCAUCGCUUCCCCUUGACCGCGACUGGGAAGCUCGACCGGAGGACUUUGGUCGCUCUUGCUUCCAAGGCUCUGGUCUCAAACGAGGUUCAGGACCUCCAAGCACCGCCGAGUCAGCAGCCUGCAUCGACAUGUGACGUAGAGGGUACCCUGCGCUCGCUCUUUUCGAACGUUCUUGGAGUCCCGGAAACCCAGAUCGCCGCCGAUGACGAAUUCUUCGCCCUUGGAGGGACAUCAUUGAAAGCGAUUGAGCUAGUGGCUCGCGCACGCGACAGAGAUAUCAUCAUCACUGCUACGGACGUGAUCACGCUGCAGACCCCAGCAGCCCUCGUCCAGGCUGCCGCUCGGUGCCACGACCUCCCUGUCAUUCCCCCUUACAGUCUCAUCAGUGAGGCCAGCCGUCUCCCUACCACCGCCAGGAUAACUUCCCAGUUGUUACAAGAGGACAGCAUUGAAGAUGUGUACCCAUGCACCCCUCUGCAGGCUGGGAUGAUGGCAUUAUCAGUCAAGAUCCCAGAUGCUUUGGUGGGCACCUUUGCAUUCACUCUGCCGCCGCAAACAGACCUGGCGAAAUUCAAGGCCGCCUGGGAACAGGUCAUUACAGCCAAUCCCAUCUUGCGGACCCGGAUCGUCCAAUGCGAAAGUGAAUUCCUGCAAGUCGUCGUUGCGGCCAAGACCGUCCCCUGGGCCGACUCCUACCCCACUGGUGACAGCUGGUCAAUGGGCCUAGAAGCCCCUCUCCUGCGCAUGGCUAUGAUUGAUCGAGCGCAGCGGAAUGAGGAACCUUUGUUUGUCGUGAGAAUGCACCAUGCAAUCUUCGAUGCUUGGUCCUACGCGCAGGUCCUGGAGGAUGUCGAGCAAGUAUAUCACGGCGGUGCAUCGCCAAAGCGGGAGCCAUUCAAUCACCUCGUUCAAUACAUAUCCACCCUCGACGCGAAGGCGGCACAAGAGUUCUGGAAGACUGAACUUGCUGGAUACAAUGCCACCGCGACCUCGUUUCCACCGCUCCCCCAAAACGGAACGACGGCGUUGCGCUCUCCUCAUUCUCGAAGUAUCCAUGUCCAUUCCACGACCAUCGAUCAAGACUGGGCACUGGCAAGCAAGAUUCAGCUGGCCUGGGCUAUAGUUAUAUCGGCGCAUACGGGCACGAACGAUGUUGUUUUUGGUCUGACCGUGUCGGGGAGGACGGCCCCAGUGCUGGAUAUUGACCGGAUUAUGGGGCCGACCAUUGCGACAGUCCCCUUCCGAGUCCAACUCCGGCCCGACCAAGCCAUUCAAGAUGCAGUGACUGAGGUCCACGAUCAUGCCAUCUCCCUCGUGCCUUUCGAGCACACCGGGCUGUUGUCGAUUUGCGACUCCAGCCCCGAGGCUGCGGCCGCCUGCGCCUUUCAAAAUCUGCUAACAGUCCGACUGCGUCCAGCCGAGCGAUCGCAAUCGAUCAUGGCGGAUACGCCGGAGAACGAGGAGGAGGAUCGCAAUUUCAACACGUACCCUCUCUCAAUGAUUGUUCAGGCGCGUAAGGACUCCUUGCAGCUCAAGGCGCUGUUCGAUGGCUCCAUGGUGCAUGACACCCAGGUGCAGAUCAUCCUGGAGCGGUUCGCCUCAAUUCUAGAACGGAUCCUACACCAGCCACAAUCACGUAUCCGUGACUUGUGGUUACCGUGUCCCUCUGAUAAGAAUCAGUUGACCGCGUGGAAUCAGCGGAAGCUCGGAGAACGGCCAGGCUUUUUGCACCAGCUGGUAGAGGGUUAUAGCGCUACGCAGCCCCAGUCGGAGGCUGUCUGUGCGUGGGACGGCUCCUUGACGUACGCGGAGCUGAUUAGGGCAGCGCGCUCGUUGGCUGCGCAUCUCCAGUCUCAGGGGGCCGUGCCGGAGACGGUGGUGGGCAUCUGUACCGAGCGCUCGAAAUGGCUCCCCGUGGCCAUGCUGGGGGUCCUCAUGUCCGGCGCAGCAAUGGUCUGUUUGGAGCCCAGCUUCCCCAUCCCGCGCCUGGAGGGGAUCUGCCGAGACGUGGAUGCGCAGUUGGUGAUCUCGACCGCCAUGCUUCGUGACAAGUGCAGCCAAAUCGCCAAGGACGUUGUCGUCCUGUCCGAGGAUAGCGUUGCAGGAUUCGAUGCCAAUGCGUACCACACACCUUUCUUGAGCCUCCAAAAUGCUGCGUAUGUUGCGUUCACGUCCGGGUCGACCGGCGCGCCCAAGGGAGCCACCAUCGAGCAUGGGAUGCUUUCUCUAGCGGUGGAGGGCCAUGUGCAGCUCUGCGGCCUGUCGCCCGGAUCUCGAGGUCUCUCGUUCUCGUCGUUGGCUUUCGACAUGUGCAUUCUCGAAAUCACCUUCACCCUCGGCGCCGGUGGCUGUCUCUGUAUACCAUCCGAGGCCCAGCGGACGGACAAUCUCGCCGGGACGAUGGAGGAGAUGAAAGUGGACUGGACCAUGCUCACGCCCACCGUCGCGCGCACCAUCGGCCCAUCGACGGUGCCCACGCUGACAACGCUCGUACUGGCCGGCGAGCCCAUGUCGGAAUCCGACAUCACCACAUGGAGUCCCCACGUCGACCUCCACAACGGCUAUGGUCCCGCCGAGUGCGCCAUGCUCACGACCACCGCAGUACAUAUCAAGCCCGGCGAUCAACCCUCCAAUGUGGGGCUACCGCCCAAUGCCUCCUGCUGGAUCGUUGAUCCCGACAAUCACCACCGCUUGCAACCUGUCGGGUGCGUGGGGGAGUUGGUCAUCGGGGGCCCGAUCGUCGGACGAGGAUACAUCAACCGCCCGGCCGAGACCGCGGCGGCCUUCAUCCACAGUCCGGCGUGGGCAAGAGACUUCCCUUUCGUCGCGGGCCAUCGCUACUACAAGACAGGGGAUCUAGCCUACCACAACCCCGACGGCAGUAUCUCCAUCAUGGGCCGCAAGGAUUCUCAGGUGAAGCUGCACGGGCAGCGCAUCGAGCUCCACGAGAUCGAGCAUCAUGCCGAGGCGUAUCAGAGCGGAGCGACCACCUGCAUCGCACUGCUGAUCCACCUGGAGCAUCUCCGUGGAUCUCGCAUCGUGCUCUUCACCUGUGCAGCGCGGGACGUGGGCUUCGAUGGACGCGUGGACGCCGCACAUACAACUACGCCUUCGACCUCUCCCCUCGUCCCGGACUUGGACCGGUACCUCGAACCCAUCCAGCAGCUGAAGGAACAUCUCAGCCAGACGCUGCCGCCCUUCAUGGUGCCCUCCAUCGUAAUCCCGCUGCAAUAUCUGCCCCUGAGUCCCAGCGGCAAGGCCAAUCGGAAGGAAUUGCGGGCGUUGAUAGAGGCAAUGCCCCGAGCUCAACUUGCCAAGUAUCUGGGCAGCAGCAGCGAGACCACCCAAAUAAAAAGGCCGCCCGCGUCCAGUCAGGAGAAAUUCGUCCAUCGGGCGUUCGCCAGCGUGCUCGCGGUGGCCGAAGAUGCCAUUGGCGUCGACGACAGCUUUUUCACCUUGGGUGGAGACUCAAUCAGCGCCAUGCGGCUGCUGGGCCUGUGUCGAAAGGGGGGAAUGCGCAUGACGAUGUACGAUUUCCUGGCGAAUAAUACUGUUGCUCUGUUCUGCGAGAAAGCUCGCAUGGUCACUCCCGCGAACGAAGCCCCAGUCGUCCCUGUUGCAGUGCCAAAUGGAAAGGAAGUCGCCCCUGAGCACCCAGCAAGUUCAGCAGUCCUACAACUCAGCCAUGCUGAGUGGGAAGCCGUUUACGAUCUGGCGGGGCAGCAGUCCGUCGGGUCCCUCCAGGAUGUCUACCCCUGUUCCGACGCCCAUUGCGGUAUGCUGGAGGUUUAUACUUCCCAGUAUCGGGGAAACCUGAUUUUUGCCCUCGAAGGCACCGAUGAUGCCGUUAUUAGCCCAGACCAGGUCGUGGUCGCCUGGAGGGAGGUGGUUCAGCGGCAUACCGCGCUGCGCACGGUGAUAAUUCGCCGUCCCGGCAGCAAGAAGCAGUACCUUCAUGUUCUGCUCAAGAGCGCUUCGCCGACGGUGGUGGUCCUGCCUCCUGGCGAGGAUACUCUCGAAGUGCUCAAGGCGCUGCCAACGACCGCGUGGGAGAAGGGCUCGCCACCCCACCGGCUGAUCGUCGGUCAAGACCGGUCUGGACAGGUCCUCUUCCGGCUGGAGACUGGCAGCGCCCUCAUCGACGCCAUGUCGGUGCCCAUCCUCCUGAGCGAUCUCGCUCUGGCCCUGCGCGGCCAGCUCCCGCCGGACUCCGCCACCCCAUAUAGCGAGUACUUGGCGUACCUGCAGACGCGGUCCAAGGAGGAGACGCUUGAGUACUGGAAGGGAGCCCUGGCAGAUGCUCGCCCAUGCAGGCUGCCACGACGACCCAGUGCGGACAAGUGCCUAUACUCGGACCGCACACCCGAUCACCGCUCCCUACCCCGACUGAUGAAGCCGGAGGAUUUCGCUCGUCUCGACACCUUCUGGCGCUCGAACGGCCUGACGAUCGCCAACAUCUUCCAGCUCGCGUGGGCACUGCUCCUGCAGCAUUACAUGCACGCCGCAGACGUCUGCUUUGGCAGCAUUGUGUCGGGCCGCGACAUCCUCCUGCCGCACAUUUGGCAGAUGGUGGGCCCAUUUUUCAACAUCCUUCCCUGCCGGAUGGUUCUGGAUGGCGAUGGUGACGAGAAUGCCCCACGCACGGUCCUGGAUGUACUGCGCGCGAACCAAAUGAGUAUCCAGCAGCGCAACGACCACCACCACUGCUCGGUCCCCGAGAUUGUUCGACAAGCUGGGCUGAAUAUCCACGGGGACCAGCAGCUCUUCAACACCGUGCUGACGGUACAACCGGAGUUUGAAACUUCCGCGUCUACUACCACGGGGAUUGGCUUCAACAUGCUGGAAAUGGAUGACGCUACUGAGCUGGAACUGCGAUACUGGUCAUCUACCUGCUCGGACACGUACGCCUCGGAGAUUAUGGAUCGCUUCUGCUGGGCUGUCGGGUGGAUUGUGGAUCAUCCGGGGGAUCCUAUCGCUGCUGUUGCAUUUUGA